CUGGCCGCGCCCCUCGUCGCCGGCUGCUGGGCUUCGGUCGGGGUCGACUGGGUACUGUGAGCUGAGCAAAGCCGCCUUCCCGCUCCCGAGGGCCGCGGGGACUGAGCAGCGCGCGGGCUCGGAGACGGACAGUCCACAAAGUUUGGUCCGCGGAGAACGCAGCGUCGAGCCCAGCAGGUGCCUCUGGGCCUGGCCGGGGCGCUCGCGGCCUUGCGGGCGAGCACGGCCGGGCACCGGCGAGGAGCGAUCAACUCUGAAGUUGGCAAGAGGUGACGCCCGUGUUCCGCCCCGCCGCGCGUGCCCGGGUCGCGCCGGGGCUAUGCAGUCCCCGCCAGGCGGCCCCGCGGAGCUCCCUGCCAGGUAGACGAGCGGCGCCCCAGGACCCUGUCGGCACCCCUGCACGGCCCAGGAUGUUGCCGGCCCUCCCCCUUUUCCUCCUCCUCCUCGGAGGUGCUCUGGCCCGUCCAGACCGGAUCACUUUCCCAAGUCCUGCUUGUGAGGCCCCCCCAGCUGUGCUCUUGGAAGUACAGGGCACUUUACAGAGACCUCUGGGCAGGGACAGCCGCAGCUCCCCUGCCAACUGCACCUGGGUUAUCCUGGGCAGCAAGGAACAGACAGUAACUGUCAGGUUCCAGAAGCUGCACCUGGCCUGUGGCUCAGAACACUUAGUCCUGCACUCCCCUCUCCAGCCACCAGUGUCCCUGUGUGAGGCUCCUGCUAGCCCUUUGCAGCUUCCAGGGGGCAAUGCCACCAUCAGUUACAGCUAUGCUGGAGCCAGAGCACCCAUGGGCCAGGGCUUCUUGCUGUCUUAUAGUCAAGAUUGGCUCCUGUGCCUGCAGGGAGAGUUCCAGUGCUUGAACCACCGCUGUAUACCAGCCGCUAAGCGCUGUGACGGGAUUGAUGCCUGUGGCGAUGGCUCCGAUGAGACAGGUUGCAGCUCAGAUCCAUUCCCUGACCCGAACCCGGCCCCUGCCCCAACUCCACCCUGCAAUCUCACCUUGGAGGACUUCUACGGGGUCUUCUCCUCCCCUGGAUAUUCACACCUGGCCUCAGUCUCCCACCCCCAAUCCUGCCUGUGGCUGCUGGACCCCCACGAUGGCAGGAGGCUGGCCGUGCGCUUCACAGCCCUGGACUUGGGUUAUGGAGAUGCAGUUCAUGUAUAUGACGGUGCCGGGCCCCCCGAGACCCCUCGACUGCUACGCAGUCUCACCCACUUCAGCAAUGGCAAGGCUGUCACUGUGGAGACUCUGUCUGGUCAGGCAGUUGUAUCAUACCACACAGUUGCUUGGAGCAGUGGUCGGGGCUUUAAUGCUACCUACCAUGUUCGGGGAUACUGUUUGCCCUGGGACAGACCCUGUGGCUUGGGCUCAGGUCUGGGGGCCAGCGAAAGUCUAGGUGAGCGCUGCUAUAGUGAGGCCCAGCGCUGUGACGGCUCCUGGGACUGUGCCGAUGGCACAGAUGAGGAGGGUUGCCCUGGCUGCCCACCUGGGCACUAUCCCUGUGGAGCUGCUGGCACCCCUGGUGCCACAGCCUGCUACCUGCCUGCUGACCGCUGCAACUACCAGACGUUCUGUGCCGAUGGAGCUGACGAGAGGCGCUGCCGGCAUUGCCAGCCGGGCAACUUCCGAUGCCGGGACGAGAAGUGUGUGUAUGAGACGUGGGUGUGUGAUGGACAGCCCGACUGUACUGACGGCAGCGAUGAGUGGGACUGCUCCUACGCCCUGCCCCGCAAGGUCAUCACAGCAGCGGUGAUUGGCAGCUUAGUGUGUGGCCUGUUGCUAGUCAUCGCCCUGGGCUGCACCUGCAAACUCUAUGCCAUUCGCACCCAGGAGUACAGCAUCUUUGCCCCCCUCUCCCGGAUGGAGGCUGAGAUCGUGCAGCAGCAAGCACCUCCUUCCUACGGGCAACUUAUUGCCCAGGGUGCAAUCCCACCUGUAGAAGACUUCCCUACGGAGAACCCUAAUGAUAACUCUGUGCUGGGGAACCUACGUUCUCUGCUCCAGAUCUUGCGCCAAGACAUUAGUCCAGGAGGUCCUUCAGGAGGUCGCCGUCGCCAGCGGGGCCGCUCAGUGCGUCGUCUGGUUCGUCGUCUCCGUCGUUGGGGCCUGCUUCCUCGAACCAAUACCCCAGCUCGGGCCCCUGAGACCAGAUCCCAGGUCACAGCGUCUGCUGCUCCCUCUGAGGCCCUGGAUGACAGCACAAGCCAGACCUGUGAGGCUGGGGCAGUAGGAGGGCAGGAUGGGGAGCAGGCUCCUCCACUACCCAUCAAGCCCCCCAUCCCAACCCCAAGCACACUUCCGGCCCCUGCGACUGUCUCUGAACCCCCAGGACCGCUACCCUCAGUGCCUCUAGAACCUUCACUGUUGUCUGGAGUUGUCCAGGUCCUACGAGGUCGCCUCCUACCCAGCCUGUGGUCUCCAGGACCCACUUGGACCCCAGUUGGACCUCACACAACAGUCCUGGCCCCAGAGGAUGAGGAUGAUGUGUUGUUAAUGCCACUGGCCGAGCCAGAGGUCUGGGUAGUCGAGACAGAGGAUGAACCACUGCUUGCCUGAGGGGACCUGGCCGCCUUGGGGCUCCAGACACAAUGCUAUGAUCCUUUGGAAGUGGCUCGGCUUCUGCACUGAUGUGUCUAGCACAGGAAGUUAGGUGUCUCUCAGGCGGGGAGGAAGCCCCCGAGAGCCUCUUCUGUGUGUGACUAGAAAGAGACUCAAUCACCACCCUCUGCCCAUCCUCCUGUCCAGGUGGCUGUGUUAGGAAAGCUUCCCGAAGGAUCGUAGGCUUGGACACUCCAUCCUUUCCAACUCCCCACCCAAAAGUGGCCUUAAUACCAGAUUGCAGUUGCCUAGAGAUCUUCUAGCCCCCAAGGGGAUGUGGCCAGGGUGAUGGGUUUGCCAGCCUCCAUCUUUGUGGUGCCUGGCCCACUUAGAGAACACAAGUGCUUUUGUCCGCUUGCUGCAUCAUUGCCCAGGAAAUCAAGGAAAAAAAUAAAAAUAAAAAAAAUCAUAAAUUUCA